AUGAAAAUAAAGAAAACGCCACCAAAGAAGCUGUCCGUACCUAUACCGCCAAUCAAAAAUAUCAUACAACUUCUGACUGAUUGUCAAGAUGAAGAAAUACCAAAUGUAGUAGCCUCUAUCAGAGAAUGGAGUUACCCGCGAGGGGACCUGUUUCAUUGGAUUGGUGUUUUAAACCGAUUCGAUACGAUUCUUGAAAAUAUUUGCCAGAAAUACAAGUUGAAAAAACUCCAAUCGUCGCCGUUUACUACAGUGGAACAGAGUAUCUUAUUGGCAAUAUUGAAAUUUUCACGAUUACUGUUGGAAAAUUGUACCAAUAGAAAUCUAUAUAGCUCGUAUGAGCACCUAAAUGAUUUACUAAAUACGGCAGAUCUUGAUGUACUGGAGACAGUUCUUCGAUUAGUGCUUCGUCCUGCACAAAGACUCAGUAAUCAAAGAGCACUCCGAACAAACUUCUCAAUUUCCCAAGAUCGCAUUCUUACCUUAGCUCACGCUUGGGGCACUAAAGAAUACGAUCUCGGAAUGAAGGAUCUCGCCUAUGAUAAUGUCACUAUCCCGGAAGAACUAAAGAUCUUGACGUAUCAAUUCUAUCGUCAUCUUACACCUACUGAAGCUGCCACCGGGACAUCGAGUGAUACGAAAAAAAUUGACACAGCCACAGCAACGGCUGCUUCAACUACCGCCACAACCACCUCCAUUUCUAAUAAUACAUCAACAUCAUCACCAAAACAUAAACGGAAAGAGAGUACAGGUGGCGAGGGGAUCACGGUUAUCUCUGUUAGCAAUGCUCAUGAAUUGGGCGAAAGUGAUAUAGACAUUCUGAAAAAUGUUGUCGAAGAAUAUGAAGUACCUGAAGAAUUUCAUUUCGCUCUUUUAAAUCGAAUCAGAAUUGCGACAAAAAUAAAUAAUAGUGAAAAAAGAAAACAGUUAUUGAUAAUUAGGAUACUUGCCAUUGCUAUAAUGGCUCAUGUGAUCCCAGAACAUGUCGCACAAACUAAAUUAUUCCUAUAUGAACCUGACAUUGUUGCAAAUCUAGCGGAAUUGGUGCAUCCCGAACAAAAGAAUGCACCUGAAAAAAAGGAAAUUCAAACUGUUGCUUUUUAUGCACUUGACGGAAUUAGUCGUUAUCGUUCCAAAUUGGGUGAAGUUUUAAAUGCGAUAAAUGCAUCAGCAAAUCACGGUGUACUUUUAUAUCUAUUGCGCCGAGUAAUAGCUGAUCUUGAGAGCGAAAAUCCAAAAUAUCCACAAGAAUAUUUGGAUGCUUUAUUCGCGUUGAUCUCUUGCAUAAUCUCGACGCAAACAGGUGGAACGAUGGUAAUUUCCGCUGGGAUAGUGCCAACGCUCCUUCAAUUGCUACGUAACAAAAAAAAUGGACAAGAAAAGAACGUAACCAAAGCUGUUGUUAUAUUGGAUAGUCUUGUCUAUGGAUUCACCACAUCAUUCAAUACAUUUUGCAAUGCCAACGGUGUUAACAUCCUUGUUGACCGAAUCAAGGAUGAGGUUAAUUUUGACAUCGAAUUGGCUAAUGAGAUUCAAGGCAAUUCAAUGGAAGAGAUCAGAGCAAGUCGCUCAAUAUCGUCUACAUUUGGCACAAAAGACGAUGAAUUUAUUCUUCCCUAUGAAAGAUCUUCUUUGUUAAAAUCAAUGUUCAAGUUUGUUCUGCAUAUGAUGCAAACUUCUGGCACGGCAGACGGAUUACGUAAUUUGAUUGAGACGUCGUUGCCAGAGUCAUUGAACAAAGUUUUAGAUCAUCCAAUUUUCGGAAGCAGCAUCUAUUCUCUUGCUAUUCAUUUGAUGGCAACUUUUAUUCAUAACGAGCCCACGUCUCUACCUAUAAUGCAAGAGGCACGACUUCCACAAACUUUCUUGAGUUCAAUAAGCACAGAGAUUCCGACUUCAGUUGACGUCCUUCAACAAAUUCCUAAUGCAUUCGGCGCAAUCUGUUUAAACGCGCAAGGUCUAGAAAUGUUCAACGAAGCCAACCCAAUAAACAAAUUCUUUACAAUAUUCACAUCACAAGAACACGUUAGAUCCAUACAAGAAGGUGACAUCGCUUCUCAACUGGGAACAUCGAUCGACGAGUUAAUGCGCCAUCAUCCCAGCCUGAAACCGACUGCCAUGAAUGCCAUAAUAGAUAUGCUAAAACGUAUUGUUGAGAUUGGUCAAGGUGAUGUUGUGCCAAUUAACGAUGACAAUAGUAAAUUGCAUUAUGUGACUGCUGCUGGUGCAUCGACGAGUGAUGAAUCGGCGGUUGCUGGAACUUCACGCAUUGCCGAUGUCACGAUGACAGAUUCAACAACGGAGACAAAUAGUAAACCUGAAGAAAAGAAAGAUAAUUUUUUGGUUUCUCUUAUUGAAGUUGCUUCCAAGUUCUUGGACGGCCUUUUUCAAAAUUCAAGCCACUGCAAAGAUUUCCUAAAACAAAACGGGCUAGAUAUCAUUAUUAAAUUCUACUCUCUACCAACGCUUCCAUUCGAUUUCGGAAACACGCCAGCCUCAUAUGCUUUAUCGAAUUCGAUGCGGCUAAUUGCUGACGUCGAUUCAAAAAGCUUUGUUAAAUGUGUCAUAUCAGCACUUAAUACUACACUUCAGGAUGCCAAAAUCCUUUUGGAUAGUGAAAAAGAUGCUGUCAUUUUCGAUUAUAUUGAUUUGAAUGAUAAAAAUCCGGAGACAAUAGAAGCAGCAAAUAAAACAUUCAGGUCUCUGGUGACGUUGUACGGUCUAGUAGGCUUGUUAUCAGAUAUUUAUUACACGCCAGGAUUUUCACAUACCAAAAGUUCGCCUUCUGUGAUCGAAGCCUUUGUGGCAGAUAACGAAGUCUUGCCUGCGCUUGGAAAGCUUCAUCGGGUGUGUGUCUGGGAGAACGUGAUUCUAAAAUCCAAAGUUCCAAAAUCAUGGUACAGCACACCAAAUAAACUACGAAAAACAUUCUCAGUUGUUACCGAAUCUUCGAUAUUCGGAGUGCCGUCCUUAGAUGACGCGGAUAAAGAUACCACUCCUAGUGGUGCUACGGACGUAAAUGAACCACCAGUUGACCAAAGUAAUCACAAAGUUAAAAAUACAAAGGCUUUUAAAUUUUUGGUUUCCCAGAUUCCAUCGUGUCUUACACCUCUGUUUCAAGGGUUGACUAAAAUGCUGUUUAGUCGUAAAUCGCCUGAAGCCUACCAGAAAAAACAAGCGUUCAAAGUUUCUGAUACUAUUGCCGAAGUACUUCGUGACCAUUUAAUUUGGAAAAAUCAAGCAACUAACGAUAUCAACAAGUAUAAUUAUCUUUCUAGCAUGCUUGGCUUAUUAUCGCUUCUUUUUCUGGAUGAACGCAAUCAAAUGGCUCUUCAAACCAUGUUGGUAGUUUCAUUCGACAGAGUAGAUGGAAACAAAAUAAUCUUAGAUUUACUUCGUAAAUUCUGGGGAGAAGCCGAAGCAAUCCAAGCCCUGGAAGAUUAUACGCUCAAUCCUGAAGACGGAUCCAAAGAAAAACUCUCGCGAAUCCACGGCUGUCUCGAAAUUACGCUGAAUUUCUUCCAAUUCAUAACUUCAGCAAAACCAUUACGUGAUUCGCCGCAUACUUCCGCGUUAACAUCAAAAGAUCGUGAUCGUGGAUCUGCCGAUUUCUUUGAUCCCACUGAGUUCCUAAUUAAUAUCAGAUCUAAUGUUUUCCCUGUAAUCAGCGAGCUUUGGCAAAGUUCCUAUUUGGAAACAGCACCGGCAAAUAUAGUAAAAUCUGUAAUUCAAAAUUUGGUUCAGAUUUUGAAGGGAGACGGUGAGGUUAAUCAACGAGCAGAAGGAUCCUCAACAAGUAGCAGUAAUCUGGUUACAAACCCAUAUGUAUUUGGCAGGACUUUAGUCCCAGACGAAGCAAGAAUCCAACAAUUAUGUGAUAUGGGCUUCCCGCGUUCAGCUGCUGAAACUGCAUUAUUACGUUCAUCAAAUACCGAAGAAAAUACACAAGAAACGCGUAAUGAUACUCAAACAGAAACAACUUAUGCAGAGCAAAUUACCUCGCUCGACAACGCUGAAAAUGAAGAGGAAAGCUCGUCUAACGAUGAUCAAACCGCUCUUGAACAAGCGAUAGUUAUGUCAAUGCAAGGGGACGCCGAAGAUAGUAGUCUAAAUGGUUCUUCAGUUCCGAUGGAUAUGGACCCUGUCUCCAAGAAAGCGGAAAAAGGCAAAGGAAAAGAAGUUUCCACGAUAGAACAAUUCAAAUCAUUGCGGGAAAGUAUUAAAAUGACUGCUGCUCAGCAUGCACUCGAUCUUUUAACAAAAGUUGAAGACAUCAUUUUCGAAGUUAGAGAUUUGUUUGUGUUGAUUAGUAAAGAAAAAUUCGAAAGCAGCAUUGAACUAGUGUUCAAGAGUAUCGAAGAUGCUUCUAUUGAUUUGCAGUUUGCCGAUACGCAACGCACCAAAGUCUUGGGUUCGCGAUUACGACUUUUGGCGCUUUUAUUAAAUGAAGCUAGUAUUCAAACUAAAAUAUCAACAAUGCCGCUCUAUAUCCUACCAAUUGUUCUCGAUCUAAUUUCACAUGAAACUACAUUGUCUGUCGAAAAUCCUUUGUCAAAUUGGCUUGCGCCUGCUUUAUUAGUCGUAGAAGCAUUCAUCUCUUUAGCGGAUGAGCCAACAACUGUACCACUUGAUUAUAAGCCCGAGGACUCCAAAGAUAAUAUUGAUGAUAUUGAUACGAGUAAAGUCUCAGUGACGGAUGAGCAAAGGUCAAGUCUUUUAGGCUACACCUUGACAUUGAUUGAAAAACGAGAAUUUGACAAAGAUGUUCGUCAUGCAUUGCUUCGUAUCUUGGUUCGACUUACUCGUCGACACUCCGUUGCAAUUGAAUUUGUCAAAAGAAAUGGCCUCCCGAUACUUUUUAACCUGUUCAAAUCCAAAGCUCAUGAUUUCCAUCGCCAGCAAGUGUUUAUCGUCAUGAUUUUACGACAUAUUGUGGAGGAUGCCCAAAUUCUCGAAACUAUUAUGGAUCGUGAAAUAAAAAAUUGGUUCUCGCAUCCUCGUCCUCGCGUUGUCGAUAUUAACACUUACCUUCGCAAUAAUAGUCAGUUUACUCUACGUGAUCCACAAGUGUUUGUGCAAUCUACUAAGAAUGUGUGUAAAUUAGCGAAAUAUGAUUCGUCUGGAAGAAAUCCACAAAUUACUUUAGUUCGACCAGAAGCGGAUGAAGACAAUAUAGUUAACGAAGAGGAAAUGACAGACGUUAUUCCAUCAACUUCUGCAUCAGCUGAAAAAGGCAAAAAAUCUGCAUCAUUAUCAAACACUGAAGGAUCUGAGAAUUUAGUGUAUUUUCUGGCAAAUGAGUUAAUGACAAUACGCGAGCACACGCCAAAACAAACAAAUCAAGAGAAACAAGCUACAAAUGAUAUUAUUAGCGGCUCAUCUUCAACUCUUCUUGAUCUUGCUUCUGUGUCUCUGAAUAAUAAUACUAAUAGUAAUCAACCAGCAACAAUAACAAACUUUAAACCAGAAGAAAAUCAGGAAUACCUUUCUCGUUGCUUCAUUCUUCAAUGUUUAACAGAAUUGCUUUCUUCGUAUCCUUCAUGCAAAAUCGAAGUGGUUAAUCUUUCCCGUCGACGAACAAGCACCGGUCCAAAUACACCAACAAAACAUCACCGCCCUGCUCUCGUUAAUUAUUUGUUAAAUGAUCUAUUACCAUACGGAUGUGUCACACAAACAACUGAUGUCGAGAUGCGAAAACGUCUUGGGCAAUCUAAAUGGACAGUGGCGUUCUUUGUGGCUCUUUGCUCAUAUAACAACGAGUCCGAGGAUAAAAAACCUAAUCCAGAAAUUGCACAGGUUAGAAAAUUUGUUUUGGAUUGUAUUAAUCGAGCAUUUAACAGUGCUAUUCUUUCCAAUGAGCCACUUGAAGCAAAAUAUGGCAGACUUCUUGGUCUGGCUGAACUGUGCUAUGAACUUUUGACUGCCCGAAAUACGCCCAAUAACAAUGUCAAUAAACCAAUCGAAGAUGGUCCUAGUAGCAUCGCAAAAUUAAUGCUCGACAAGAAGUUUGUAGAUACACUAACAAGUGCCCUGGCUGAAGUCGAUCUUAAUUAUCCAUCAUCGAAAAAUUUAAUUAAUGCCUUGUUGAAACCAUUUGAAUUCUUAACAAAAGUUGCAAUCAAAAUUGGUCGAACCCCUGAACCUUCAAGUAAAGAUGCCCAAGGACAACCACCUCGACGUGAUAGCAUUUCUUCUGUGUCGUCUUUAUCUACUGAGGAAAUUCAUACCGAAGUAAUGGAUACUCCAGAUUUAUAUCAAAAUUCAGUCCUUGGUGCUCUUGAAGGCCGACUAAAUCCUGAACCUGAAGUAGAUGAUUCAUCCGAAGAUGACGAAGAAACAUAUGAACAUGAUGAAUACGAAGAAUCUGGCAGUGAUCUUAGUGAUGUAAGCCACGAAGAAUCCGAAGGGAGCGAUAACGAUGAGGAAGGUGACGAUAUGGAUGUUGAAAUUGUAAUUCCUCCAUCAGCUCAACGUCACUCCGAAAUGUCUGAUGACGAAGACGAAGAUCCUGACUUUGAAAUAAACCAUCAUGGAGAUAUUGAAGUUAUUGAAAAUGAGGAAGGCCGCCGUCAUCGUCAUACACGACAUGACCCAUUUGCUCAAGACGACGACGAUGAAAUAUCAGCAUCGGCAAUACGUCCUCGUGCAUUAUUUAGCUUUGGUAAUAGACGUCAUCGAGGAAUUUCAGCCCGUCGUGCAAUUCUAGAAGUUCAACCAGAUAGUCUUGAUUAUUUAUGGGGAGAUACAAGUGACCAAGGUCGUCAUGAAUUUCUCGGAAAUGAAGAUCUUCCGGGGUUAGGCAGAAGUCGUCCAAUAACCACAAGCGUUGAUGAUGUAUCAUCACAUCCACUACUUAUCAAUCGCUCUCCAGCACUUCCUACAGUCUCGGGAUCAGAUCAGCUACGAGGCCGUAGCUCAAGAAACGGUCCUUUAGGUGACUGGACACAAUCAAUCGAAGAAUUAAUAGGUGGAGGGGCAGUACAGUUAUUAGAACAACUUUUGAACAGAGGGCGAGGUUUAGGUGGCCCAUCAACAUAUCGUCUUGAAUUAAAUCCAGGAUCAACAGGACUAGUUAGUGGAAUUGAAGUUGAUCGUAUGUUCGCGAGACCACUAGUGACAUCGCAAGAUAGUGCAGUCACUACUCUUUCAGGAGACCCAGUGGCAGCAGUUCAAGAAUUUACUCCUGCACCUACUAGUCAACGUUGGUAUGAUGAAGCACGAAUAAUGUAUGGGACCGGAGUAGCAGAUAAAGCUGCAAAACUUGUAAAUCACAUAUUAAAUGCAUUAGUACCACAAGCCUUAAUAGAAGAGAAAAAACGUAAAGAGGAGGAAGCUCGUAAACUCCGAGAAGAGGAAGAACGCAGACUCCGAGAAGAGGAAGAGCGCAAACAAGUAGAGGAAGAAAAUCGUAAAAAAGAAGAGGACAAAGACGAGGAAUAUGAAGAGGCAGAAAGAGUAAGAUUGGAAUCCGAAUUUGCCUCAACAAGUGCUUCUACUACAGCUGAAGAUAAUCAAGCAACACUAACCGAACAGAUCACAAGUAAUAUAAUAGAGAGUGAUGUUAUGAUUGAAGAUGCUCCCCCGAUUGAGCAUGAAUCUGCAGAAAUCGAAUCUAUGGCUGCUAUGGAAGAACAAACAUCAUUUAUAAUAGAAGCAACUAGACCUGUUGAUAUUCCAUCUUCCGGUUCUGCAAUGGAAGAAGAAACUACGGUUUCUUCAAUGGAAACAGCAGAAAACAUAAUAGCAGUGGGUAACACAACAUCGGAAGAAGUGACUUCUAAUUUGGAUAUUUCAAUGGGCUCAGAAUCUGGUGUACCUACAGAAGAAACUACUGCCGCUACUAGCGUUUCGGAUGUCGCCAUGACAACUGAAUCUACAUCAGCCACGAAUGAAGCCGCUGAAAAUCAAAGUGAAACUGCGAAUGCACCGCCAGCACAGGAAAGAACUACUGUUAUGGUGAACGGCGAGUCUGUAGACAUCACGGACACCGGCAUUGAUCCGACUUUUCUUGAAGCACUACCUGAAGAUUUACGACAAGAAGUACUUAAUGAACAUUUGCCGCGUCAUCGUGCAAGACCUGCUGCACCUGCUGCAGAAAUGGAUAACGCUACUUUCUUUGCCACUUUGGAUCCAAUACUCCGUCAACAAGUACUAAUGGAACAAGAUGAAAUGAUUUUACAAUCUUUGCCACCUGCAAUUGUUGCUGAAGCUCACUCUCUUCGCGAAAGAGCAAAUCGACGAUACACAAGUGUACGAUCAAGAACAGCAUUGGCAAAUGCUGCACCAUUACAUGCACCUAAAAAACCGACAGUACAUCGUGACGCCAUGAAACUUGUUGAUACCGAAGGUUUAGCCACCUUGGUUCGCCUUCUUUUCUUACCUCAAGCACUUGGCAAAAAUCUUUUACACAAAUUACUUUUGAAUCUCUGCGAAAACAGCAAAACUCGUGGUGAAUUAAUAUCAAUGUUGUUAUCGAUUCUUCAAGAUGGAAGCGCGGAUGUCGCGGCUGUAGAUAAAAGUUUUGCGCAAAUGUCCUUAAAGAAUAAAGGAACACCACAUAGUACUAUAAAAGGAAAAGGCAACAGUGCCAAUAUACUUUCGCAGAUUGCUCAAACAGCUGGUGAAAAUGUGCCAAAUUUAAUUGCGCAGCGGUGUCUAGAAGCUUUGACAUAUAUAAUAACCUAUAAUGAAGCAUCUGUUAAUUAUUUCUUGACGGAACAUGAGCAAAUCAUUGGAUUAAAGAGAAGUAACAGCAAGAAAGGAAAGGAGAAGCAAUCAAAAGUUAUCACUAGCAAAUAUCCGGUUGUUGUAUUACUCAGUUUAUUAGACAAGCAAGUAUUUGUCAAAAACACCACUUUAAUGGACCAAUUAAUGCAUCUCUUGUCGUUUGUGUUACGUCCUUUAUCAACAAUGACGAAAUCUGAAUCUGCAAAAUCGCCAUCAUCAUCUUCACAGUCUAAUAAUGGUCUUGCAGAAGGAUCUUCAACCGCUGAUACUGGUAAUUUAACUGAUACAGUCUCGAAUGAUCCACCUGCUACGGAACAAAGCAACACACAAUCUUCUAAUGAACAAAACAUUGCAAGUAAUAAUUCUACAGUUAAUGAAUCUACGGAUCUUCCUGAUGAACAAAAUACUUCAAAUAACGACUCGAAUAAUCCGAAUAGUAACACAAAUUUGAAUUCGAAUCAGAAUAAUAAUGAAUCAGCGAAUAAUCAGCAAGGUUCAAACUCGAAUACUGAAAAUAGUAAUUCAGCAACUGCAGGACCAUCGAAUCCAAAACCUUCCCAAUCAGAAACACCAACAUUAAAACCACCGGUAAUUCCUGAUCAUUGCCUACGAUUAGUAGUUAAUGUCUUGACUGCUGGCGAAUGUACAAGCAACACCUUUAAAUACACCUCGAAUGUAAUAAAUUAUCUCUCAACAUUAAGUGGUGCUCGUGAUGUCAUUACAUCAGAAUUAGUAGAGAAAGCUCAAUCCUUGGGUAACGACAUCCUUGAAGAUCUUGAUGAAUUAGCACAAGUAUUAGAACAAGCAAAUUCGGGUGUUGAUGUCCAAGGCGUGACAUUAUCAAACUUCUCGCCUUCAUCUUCUAAACAAGCUAAGCUGCUCCGAGUUCUUAAAACUAUCGAUUAUAUGUACUCUAAACGACAACCACAGCAGCCAACAACCACUUCUAAUACACAAGUUGAAGUUGCUUUGGCGCCGACUGUCGAUCCUGAACAAGCGGACACAACACUUCCAAGAACUAAAGCUGAUAUCACAAAAUCAGGCACUAAAUUGACACAAGAUGAAGAAAAAGUAAUGAACAUUUAUGAUAGUCUACAGUUUACGGACUUAUGGAAGAAAUUGGGUCGAUGCUUAACUACAAUACAUGAGAAGUCUGAUAUGAUUCACGUGGCAACUGUACUUUUACCUUUAAUUGAAUCACUAAUGGUUGUAUGUAAAUAUGUUGGAAUGAGACCGACUACUACAACUCUCACAUCACAAGCUGGCGAAACAUCGGUAACAACGCCAACAACAGCGAAAACUAAUGAAACCAUGGAUGAAUUGUUCUUCACAUUUACCGAAGAUCACAGAAAGAUUCUUAAUACCAUGGUCAGAAAUAAUCCUUCAUUAAUGAGUGGAUCCUUCUCAUUGCUUGUGCAUAAUCCAAAGAUUCUUGAAUUUGAUAAUAAACGAAAUUACUUCACACAACAACUUCACAAACGGCCAAGUGGGCGCGAACAUUAUGGCACCUUACAAUUGAACGUUCGUCGACAAUAUGUAUUCGAGGACUCUUUCCAAUACUUGCAACGAAGAUCAGGUGAUGAAAUUAAAUAUGGAAAAUUAAGUGUUCGUUUCUAUGAAGAGGAAGGCGUGGAUGCUGGUGGUGUCACGCGAGAAUGGUUCCAAGUGCUUGCCCGACAAAUGUUCAACGAAAAUUAUGCCUUGUUCAAGACUUCCAAUGCUGACAGACUUACUUAUCAACCAAACAGAGCUUCUUUUGUUAAUCCUGAACAUUUAUUAUUCUUCAAAUUCGUUGGUCGUGUAAUUGGCAAAGCUAUUUAUGAUGGACGAUUACUAGAUGCUUAUUUCACUCGUUCAUUCUAUAAACAUAUUCUUGGCAAACCUGUCGACUAUCGAGACGUCGAAGCCAUCGAUCUGGAAUAUUAUAAUAGUUUAGUAUGGAUAUUAGAAAAUGACAUCUCAGCGAUGGAUGAUUUGACGUUCAGUGUCGAAGAUAAUGAUUUCGGUGCAACGAAACAAGUUGAAUUGAAGCCAGGUGGUGCAAAUAUACGCGUCACUGAAGAAAAUAAACGUGAAUAUGUGAAACUUGUGACGGAACAGAAAUUGACAUUAGCAAUCAAAGAUCAAAUAGCAAACUUCCUUGCUGGAUUCCACGAAAUCAUUCCACCACAUCUAAUCAGUAUAUUCAACGAACAAGAACUAGAGUUGCUCAUCUCUGGAAUGCCUGAUAUCGACAUUGACGACUGGAAAAAUAACACCGAAUACCAGAACUACACUUCGUCGUCACCACAAAUUCAAUGGUUCUGGCGAGCAGUACGAAGCUUUGAUCAAGAAGAACGAGCCAAAUUAUUGCAGUUUGUCACCGGCACUUCUAAAGUUCCGCUAGAAGGCUUUUCGGCACUGCAGGGUGUACAUGGUGUCCAGAAAUUCCAAAUACAUAAAGAUUUCUCGAGUCCAGAUCGUCUUCCAUCAGCUCACACAUGGUAUGUUUAUUAA